GGACGGGGGCGGGGCCGGAGCGCCGAGCCAACGUGAUGGCGUCAGGCGCCGUGAGCGCCGCUUCCUGUUGUCAGUGGCCGUGAGCCCGCAGCGUCGGCUCGGAGGCUGUGGGGCUGCCGCGGCCGGGAGCGCCCCCCCGCCCGCUCCCGCUCCGUUUGGUGUCAUGUGACUCUCCACAGGAGCUGCUGCAUGAGUGGAAAUGCUCUCAGUGGUGGAGAAUGGACUGGACCCCCGGGCUGCCAUCCCGGUCAUCAAGAAGAAGCUGGUGGGAUCCGUGAAGGCAUUGCAGAAGCAGUACGUGUCCCUGGACACAGUGGUCACUAGUGAAGACGGAGAUGCCAACACCAUGUGCAGUGCCCUGGAGGCCGUGUUUAUCCACGGCCUGCAUGCCAAGCACAUCCGAGCGGAGGCUGGAGGAAAAAGGAAGAAAAGUGCCCACCAGAAGCCUCUGCCUCAGCCUGUCUUCUGGCCGCUUCUGAAAGCUGUCACCCACAAACACAUCAUCUCGGAGUUGGAGCAUCUGAUCUUUGUCAACACGGAUGUGGGCCGUUGCCGGGCAUGGCUGCGGCUGGCCCUCAACGAUGGCCUGAUGGAGUGCUACCUGAAGCUGCUCCUCCAGGAGCAGGCCCAACUGUGCGAGUACUAUCAGCCUACAGCCCUGCUUCGAGACGCCGAGGAGGGCGAGUUUCUCCUUAGCUUCCUGCAGGGACUAACAUCCUUGUCCUUUGAACUCUCCUACAAGUCCGCCAUCUUAAAUGAGUGGACACUCACCCCAUUGGCCCUCUCUGGGCUUUGCCCACUGUCUGAGCUCGACCCUCUCUCUACCUCUGGUGCAGAACUACAGCGGAAGGAGUCUCUGGAUUCAAUUUCCCAUUCCUCAAGCUCGGAGGACAUCGAAGUCCAGCACUCAGGCCAUAAGAUCCGGCGGAACAGGAAGCUCACUGCCUCCUCCCUCAGCCUGGACACGGCCAGUUCGUCCCAGCUGUCCUGCAGCCUAAACUCUGAUAGCUGCCUACUCCAAGAGAAUGGCUCCAAGAGUCCAGACCAUUCUGAGGAGCCCAUGUCCUACAACUCAGACCUGGGCACAGCAAAUGCCCAUGAUUCGGACCAGUCUCUGCAAGAGGUGUUGUCGGAAUUCAGCAAAGCCCAGGUAAACUCUGUGCCAACCAAUGGAAUGAGCCAAGAAACGGAGGUCCCCAUGCUCCAGGGCUCGCUCUCCCUCCACGGCCUCGACACCAGCACACACCUGCACUAUGAGGUGCCUGCAGAGCCCUUUCCUGCCCAUGCAGCCUCUGCAACCCAAGAUGGUGGCCAUAAGCAGGAGCCGCAUUCCCAGGCACCUGGCACCCUGGACGUGAAGCAGCUGGACACUGCCCAAGCUGUCCCUGCAGGGAACACCUCAGGCCAGCAGCCUUCUAGUACUGUGAGAGAGACGACCAGAGCAGUCAGCCAAGAGAGUGGCCAGCAGAAGACCCCAUGGGGUGACGGAGUUGGACUGAAGCUUAUGGCUUCCUCACACACCAGUCCGAAAAGCAAGAGCUGGAUCUCAGAGGAUGACUUCUACCGGCCUCCCCAGGAGCAACCUCCAGAGAGAGCUUCAGAUUGCCCCGUGGCUUCUUCCAGAGGGCCUCCAGAGGCAAGGCCUGGUCUCCACAGGCAUUUUUCUCAAGGACCAAGAAAAAGCUGCUCCCUGGGGGCAUUAGACAAAGCAUGUGUGCCUUCCCCAGGAAGCAGGAAAAGCAAGGCAGCCCCAGCGCAGGAGCAUAGGAACUUCUGGGUGGUGCACCGGAGGCAGAUGGGGCUGUCCAACCCGUUCCGGGGUCUCAUGAAACUGGGCACAGUAGAGCGGCGGGGGGCGAUGGGCAUCUGGAAGGAACUCUUCUGUGAGCUCUCCCCACUGGAAUUCCGCCUCUACCUGAGCGACGAGGAGCGCACCUGUGUGGAGAACUGCUCCCUGCUGCGCUGCGAGGCUGUGGGGCCGGCCCACAGUGACGGGCGCUUCGAGCUGGUGUUCUCUGGCAAGAAGCUGGCCUUGCGAGCCUCGUCCCAGGAUGAAGCCGAGGACUGGCUGGACCGCGUGCGGGAGGCCCUGCAGAAGGCCCGGCCUCAGCCGGAGGAUGAAUGGGUGAACAUCGAGUACCCAGACCAGCCUGAGGGGCCCCCUGAGGUGCCCCAGGGUGGCCGCCCCUCUCACCCGGACCUGCUCUCGGAGCCUGCGACCCUCCAGGGCACGCAGUUUGACUGGUCAUCUGCCCAAGUUCCAGAGCCAGACGCUAUUAAGGAGUCCCUUCUGUACCUGUACACGGACAGGACCUGGGUGCCCUGUAUUUUUUCCCUGUCCUUGGAGUCUUUGAAAUGCUUCCGUGUGAGAAACAACGAGAAGAUGCUAAGCGACAGCCAUGGCAUUGAGACCAUCAGAGACAUCCUGCCAGACACGAGCCUCGGGGGCCCAUCCUUCUUUAAAAUCAUCACGGCCAAGGCCGUCCUGAAGCUGCAGGCUGGGAAUGCCGAGGAGGCUGCCCUGUGGAGGGAUCUGGUCCGCAAGGUCCUGGCGUCCUACUUGGAGACAGCUGAGGAGGCAGUGACGCUCAGCGGGAGUCUGGAUGAAAACUAUCAGGAGGUGCUGAAGUUCGCCACCCGCGAGAACGGCUUCCUACUGCAGUACCUGGUGGCCAUCCCCACGGAGAAAGGCCUCGACUCCCAGGGCUGCUUCUGUGCAGGCUGCUCCCGGCAGAUCGGCUUCUCCUUUGUACGACCCAAGCUCUGUGCCUUCUCUGGCCUCUAUUACUGUGACAUCUGCCACCAAGAUGAUGCCUCAGUGAUUCCGGCCAGGAUCAUCCACAACUGGGACCUCACCAAGCGCCCGGUCUGCCGACAGGCCCUCAAGUUCCUGAAGCAGAUCCAGGCCCAGCCCCUCAUCAACCUGCAGCUGGUGAACCCGUCUCUGUACGAGCACGAGGAGCAGAUGCGCCUCAUUGGGCGGAGCCGCGAGCAGCUGAAGCUCCUUGGGGACUACCUGGGCCUGUGCCGCAGCGGCGCCCUGAAGGAGCUGAGCAAGAGGCUUAACCACAGGAAUUAUCUCUUGGAGUCUCCCCACAGGUUCAGCAUUGCUGACCUCCAGCAGGUGGUGAAGAAGGGCUGUCCCCGCUGUGCCCGCCGGCGCAAGUACCAAGAACAAAACGUUCUCACCUAAUCCCCACCUCCAGACCCCACCCUGGAGGCCAGGGGGUGAGAGCCAACAGCCUGGGCUGCGCAGUCUCACAGUGUCACAGCUGUGUCCCCUUGACGGGAAGACCCUCAGAUGUGACCAGAGCACAGGCCUCCCAGAGAAAGCCCAGGACACCCCGAUGAUGCCCCAGGGCCACCCUGCUACCCUCUGCUCCAGGACAGGGG